GUCUGCUUUUAUACAUUCUCUCAGAUCUUCUUCUUCUCUCUCGCUCUCAAAUUCGAUCACAGAAAAGAAGACAUGGACGCCAUAGACUCAGUCGUGGAUCCCCUCAGAGAGUUCUCCAAGGACUCCAUUCGUCUCGUCAAGCGCUGCCACAAGCCCGAUCGCAAAGAAUUCUCCAAGGUGGCUCUCCGGACCGCGAUUGGAUUCGUCGUCAUGGGAUUCGUCGGCUUCUUCGUCAAGCUCAUCUUCAUUCCUAUCAACAACAUCAUCGUCGGAUCUGUUUAGGAUAUGGUGAAGUCCAAGUUUCAUAGAUGAUAGGUGCAGCAACUUGAGAGUUUGAAGAGGAGGCGAUACUGUUUACUUUUUAGUUCUCAUUUGGUUCCCUUUAAGACAUGUUUACCGUACUUUUGUAUAACAUUGAAUCAUCAAGUUUCUAGUUUUCCAUAAUUGAGACCUUAAUCCAUG